AUGAACUGCAGCGUUCAGGCACAACUUCCAGACUUCUCCUCCUGGGGGGAAAAGACAGAGUCAGGCUCAGUGCUACUUCAGCCAAUAUGGGACUUUGUUAGAUCGAAAGAACAUCUGGUUAGAUCACCUCUCUAUCCAGUUAUCUUCUCGUUCACAGUCUACAUGUUCUUCUGUCUCCCCUACCUAGCACUGGAUGCUCUGUGCCACCAAAUACCUGCUUUGAAGAAAUACCAAGUACAGCCAAAGUCCAGACCUACCUUGGCUAUGGUGCUUUACUGCCUGGCACACACCGUGUACAGCCAUUUGGUAUAUAUAUUUCCACUGUCUGUUGCUUACUUGUGCUGGAGACCUGUGUAUUUGCCACUUGUGGCCCCAAAGCUGCACCGAAUUAUACUGGACAUCAUUGCCUGUCUACUUCUAUUUGACUUCCAGUAUUUUGCUUGGCAUCUGCUGCAUCACAAGAUUCCCUGGCUGUAUAAGACAUUUCACAAGAUGCAUCAUAAGUACACUGCUACUUUUGUGUUGGCAACCCAAUAUUCCAGUGCGUGGGAGAUGCUGUCUCUUGGAUUCUUUGCAAAUGUUAGUCCCAUCUUGCUGAAUUGCCAUCCAAUGACUGAAAUGGCCAUCUUCAUCAUCCAUAUCUACCUGUCUGUCGAAGAUCAUUGUGGCUAUGACUUGCCAUGGUCUACACACAGGUUAAUACCAUUCGGCAUAUGUGGUGGACCAAGUCAUCAUGAUCUCCACCAUGAAAAGUUUGUGUCCAAUUAUGCUCCUUAUUUCACCCACUGGGACAAGCUGUUUAAUACACUAGCACAGAAAACAACUAAAAAGCCUUAAAAACCAUGCAACUACCUCCAAGACUGAACAAAUGGUCAGAACUUGACCCUCACCUGCAUUUCAGGACUAAGUCGGCAGAUGCACCAUGUGUUCUAUCUGUGAUUGUGUCUUCAGUGAUGAAUGGUCAGCAAGUGGUGUAUCUUGUCCAAUAAGGCUAAAUGGUCAUAAACUGUACUUUGCUUUUUGCCCGUGCCUAACCAUGGACAGUAUUAUGAACUUCACUAAAUCAUAUGUACUUGGACCACACCUAUACAAUGUCUAUGCAACAAACCACUGUAUCUAUAGAGAAAAGAGGAGUUAAAAUUUUCACCUGAGUAUUUUUUUUCAUAGUACAUUGGUUUGACAUUGAUUUCAGAAUAAUUUGUUUCAUAAGAAUAAUGAUAUAUAUAUAUAUAUAUAUAUAUAUAUAUAUAUCUUCUAUUUCUGUAAGUUUUUAUCAUUUUGUUAAAUAACUGCAAUGUAUUGGUAAGAUGUGACCACAUAGUAAGAACACUGGGUUAAAGAAUGUGCUGAUAAAGGGUAAAGUAGGUGUUAGUAGACUGUGCACGUUCGGUGAGAACUGCCAGUAUUAAAGGUACAGAGCUGAAUUUGCCCUUACUUCUGUUUUUUGCAUCUGGACAAAACCAGAGGAUGAUAUCACAAAGAGUUGUGUGACAUGGCAAACUCAACAUUUGUAUUAUGUUGAAAGCUGAAGAUGUUUAUUCUAUUUUAUUUAUGUAAAGGGUCUGGAAAGUGUUAUCAGAAGGAUUUUAGAAAAGUGUUACGAAACUGGUAAAACAUUUUGAUACGAUAGAUAGAAAGGAAUAGAUGUUUUUUAAAAUAGAAAUAAUAAUUUGCUGGAAAAACUAUUUUCUUGAAUGAGAAAAAUGUAAAGAUUUUACUGACUAAACUUUGCACUGAACGCAGCUGGCUGUGUUAUCUUAGAUUUCAGGAGAAGUGUAUCAUAUAUUUUGUACUAGUAAUGUGUUGUAAAUUAUUUUAAAACAAUAUUACAAUGUAUAAAUGUUAUAUAUUUGUACUAUUAAGG